GACGCGAUUAUGAAUUUGCACCAAUGACUGUAUAUAUGAAUUUGCACUUAAGUCUACAGCACAAGAUACACGCAGCUAGUUUACACAUUGCGCAACAAGCUGCUCCGUAUGAGUUGGAAAUCGAUGGUUAUUUCCCAAGUUCCUUCCUGGUUGCAAUGUGACAAGUUAUUGCGCUCAGUGGUGGUGAUUCCUGAACAGUUCAAGAUGACCACACUUCUUAGCUUACUCCUCGGGGCUGGUCCACUACUGUUACUUGCCCUAAACCCAGUACAUGGAUCCGACAAUGCCACCCUCCCAUUGGUUCUGUGGCACGGAAUGGGAGACAGCUGUUGCAACCCUCUCAGCAUGGGCUCCAUAAAGAAGAUGGUCGAGGAAACCAUCCCUGGAAUUGACGUCCUGUCACUAAUGAUUGGCAAGACUGUCAUUCAGGACACAGAGAAUGGUUUCUUCAUGGAUGUCAAUGAGCAGGUGUCCAUGGUGUGCAGCCAGCUGGCCCAGGAUCCCAAACUGAAGGAUGGCUACAAUGCCAUGGGCUUCUCCCAGGGAGGACAGUUUCUGAGGGCAGUGGCGCAGCGCUGUCCAUCUCCUCCAAUGAAAACCCUGAUCUCUGUUGGGGGACAACAACAAGGGGUGUAUGGUCUCCCUAAAUGCCCUGGAGAGAGCUCCCAUAUCUGUGACUGGAUUCGCAAGAAACUCAACUCAGGAGCCUAUACUGAUAUUGUUCAAAAACACUUGGUGCAGGCACAGUACUGGCACGACCCACUGAACGACGACCUGUACAAAAAACACAGCCUCUUCCUGGCUGAUAUCAACCAGGAGCGGGUGGUAAACGAGACUUACAAGAAGAACCUCCAGCUGCUGGACAAGUUUGUGAUGGUCAAGUUCUUGCAGGACAGUGUUGUGGAUCCAGCUGACACUGAGUGGUUUGGUUUUCUGAAAACGGGUCAGGCAAAAGAGACCGAAACGCUUCAGGAGAGUGUUCUCUAUAAAGAGGAUCGUCUGGGACUGGCAGCGAUGGAUGCAGCUGGAAAGCUGGAUUUUCUGGGUACAGAAGGAGAUCACCUCCAGUUCACCAGGGAGUGGUUCAAUGCCAAACUAGUGCCUUACCUGCGCUAAAUACACUUAGCUACCUACGCUGACACUCAAGUUGGCAUGCGCACAACUAUUGCACUGAUCAUUCCUAUCAUAUCAAUACCAUCCUGCUGAUGAAUCUAAUGCACAAUUUGAUUUUUAAAACCCUGAUUUUACCCAGUUCAUGUACUACCACAGAAAAUUAAGUUAGUCUUAAUUGGUUCCCAGAGAUGCAUGGUGGUCUAACUGGGGGACGUGUAUUAAAGUUUACAUUUGAUCAUUUUUUGUUUAGCGCUAUUUUGGAAUAAAAAUGUACAUAAAACUUAA